AUGCCAACCAAGUCUAGCAUAAAAUAUUUUAAGCUUGUGGGUGUACGUAUAGUAUACGACAUGUUAGACAGCAAACAAGCUGGGUGGUCUGUAGUAACUAUGAUUCAUGAGAUUCCUAUCAGGUGGUUAAAUGGCUGUAGUAACUAUGACUCGAGACUCGAGAUUCCCAGUGUCCCUACCAUAGCACGAGUGGAUGAUUUACCAUCAAAGUGGCGAAUACAUGGUGGUUCCCUUAGAUGUUCUGGGACGUACGGUCGUGAAACUUCAUCAUGGCGAGGAAUCCCAAGUAAGCACGUCGUCGUCCCUGCCGAAUUAUACACACCACUUGUAUCGACGGAUUUGAGGCCGAUUACCGGACUGGAUCAAGAGAAAAAUUAUGUCAUAGGCAGUGUG